AUGGGUCUCCUGAGCAACCUUUAUGACACAGUCGAACUAGGCCACUUCGAUUGGCCAUUCCGCAACAGUCAUCCCGUGCAUCCAGCGACCGUUCAUUUUCCUCUCGCAUUCUUCUCCGCGGCCUACACUCUCGAUACCCUCUACGGCACCGCAAACAGAUUCAAGGCGCUGGCAGUCCUUAGGCCCUUCCUUAAGGAUAUCUCGCGGCUCGGCUAUCUCUGCCAUGUCGCUGGCCUUGUGACUUCGCUGCCCAGCUUCACCAGCGGCUCGGCGGAGUUGUGGGAACUCUACAAGAGAGGCGGGAUCAAUAAGAAGGACAAGGAACUCACACACCCGAGAUCCCACGAGAAUAUCAACAACCUCAGUAUCAAAAUUGGCCUUGCACAUGGUGCAUUGAACUUUGUCGCUGCUGGCGUGUCAACAUACGCGGUAUGGACGAGAAGAAAGGUUCCUGGCUUUACGCCAGGCAAGGUCAGCAUACUGCUUAGUGUGCUUACACUUCCUGGAGUUGCUUUAAGCGCCGCACUGGGAGGAGAAUUGGUGUAUGGUAAGGGGGUCGGCGUACAGAGGAUGGGUAAUGCGUUGGAUGAAAAGAAGCAGGGUAUCAAGGAACAUGCCAACAAGAAGGACUAG